AUGAGGAUUCAUGGAAUUAUAACAAAAAUUCUUUUUAUAACCGCACUCACAGAAUUUUACGUGGAGACAAUUUGCGACGGUGAGCCUCCAAGGACAGUGAAAUGUCCUCCACAAUUUGUCAUAUCAACGGUUUGGGCCAGUUAUGGACGCCAUCUCCCAGACACGUGCAUCGAGGGUGAUCAACAGAUUAACACCACGUGCCAUGCUAAUUAUGAGAAUACGAUAAGUUCCGUGGAAGAAUCAUGUGACGAUUCCAACUCUUGCACAUUGGUAUCUAGCAAAGACGAGUAUGAGGACCCACCCGAAUGCAAAGGUGUUAGAAAAUAUUUACAGGUGUAUUACCUUUGCAAGUCAGGUAAGGUUUGAGAUAUGUUAAAGACCGGAUUUCAUCAUAUUGAAGAUGUUUCCUCCCCUUUCCAUCCAAUAAAAUGCCCUUCUUCGACGUGGAAAUUAAGCAAGCGUCCCGGACGCUAAGUAGAGCAUUUACGGUAACCAAAUAUUUGGUUGCACAAGAUGCUUCUACAUGACAUUACAAUUUCUUUUCUUCAGCGUCACAGAAAACCACUGGAUAGUGGAUCGGUUUGGACAAAAAUGACUCUUUUCGGGAUCACCCCAUGUAAGUGAAUCUAAGACAGUCUUGGAUUCUGGAUUCCUCGCCGUGGAUUCCAGAUUCCAGGUACUUGAUUCCAGACUUUGUCAGCGACUUGGAUUCCGGAUUCCAAUCUUUAGUAGGAUUCUGCAAUCCUUAAGCUGUAUUCCGGAUUCCAAUGAACAACAUUCCUGAUUCCACAAGCAAAAAUUUCUCGGAUUCCAGAAUCCACAUUCCCUUAGAUGGGGCGAUCGAGAGUUUAAGUUUAUUAAUAACUGUUGUAGUUAAUCUUCAACUUUACUGUUUAUCAUUGCUGAACAGAAUUGAUCACGAAAGCCAUCUGUGAGUUUAGCCCGCCGGAGAAUGUCACCUGCCCUGAAGACCAGACAAUAAAAGUAGUGGACGCAAACUAUGGACGAAAAGACAAGUGGACUUGUGGUGACAAGUUAGCUGAAAACGAUAGAUGCCUGUAAGCAAUCUAAACUAUCAUCACAUUGCUAAAAUAUUUACUACGAAACAAUAACAAACUUGAUAAGAAAUAGAACACAAACAGUGGUGAUAAUCAUAUUCAACUUACCCAUUUUUAGAAACUUGACGUUUCGUAUGCUACUCAACAUACAUUUUCAAAAGUACCGUUACAAUUUUGAAAACUGCCGAGACUAAGCACAAAACUUAAAAGUUAAUCUAUAGAUUUCAAAAUUGUAACGGUACUUAAACGUCAAGUGUAUAAAAUUGGUAAGCUGAAUAUGUUUAUCUACUAUGGCCCAAGAGCAAUAACAAACUUAUCCUCGUGUUUUUUCUCCAAUUCUGGUUUUACUUGGAGAGCCAACCAAUCAUAUUAAAAUUGCUUGAUUCAUAGUCAUGGGUUUGCUAUCGUUGUUCACCGAAUUAACCUCUGAAGUUCAGGAAAGUUGUGUGCGAGGUGGCGGAAGGGGGUGUGGUAGGUGAAACUGCCACUCCUAUUUUCUCCUUGCAUCUAUUCCUAAUAAAGUAAACAACUGAUGGAUUUUAACACGAGGUGUAAAGAUGCCGAAUGUUUGCACUCGCUUUUUUGUUCUCAGUUUAAUUAAGACGAGUAGAAAAAGAGUACAUAAAAGAAGUUAGAAAAAAGAGGAAAAAAGCAUUGUAAAAACGACGACUCUAGGGCACCUAAAUUACUCUCCCAGCUAGAGGGCACUCGCUCAGAUUUGCGAUCGCUCGACAAGGCUGUGCCUCCCCCCUUCCCCGCCUUCAAUUAAAAAUGUCAUAUAAUCCCAUAUUUUUGACCAGUGAAAGGUUUUUAUGGAGUGGUUAUAGUCGGUUAAAGGCGGAAUGUGCUAGUCGUUAAAUGAGCAACUUUCUCCCAAUUCUUUCAAUUAGUUCCUCUAAGUCUACAGACAUGGUGAAGGAGAAAUGCGAAGGCAAAAAUUUUUGCGAGCUUGAAGCUGCGAAUGAGGUGUAUGGAAAUCCAUGUGGACAGACUCACAAAUAUCUGGAGGUCAACUUUCACUGUCAAGCGGGAAAAAAUAUCAGUAAGUUUUUUUGUGUUAUACGUGGGGCAACUGGUGGUCGAUUCAGUAAUAAUGCUGCAUGGUCAUGUUUGUUGAAGCACUAUAAAUCAACGGCUUGUUGGUGGAGGUGUGUGUGGCCGAGCGGUCAACACCUCGAACUCCAGAUCUGGAGGCCCUGGGUGUAGGCCUCGCCCAUCGCGUUGUUUCCUUAGACAAGGAACUUUACUCCACUUUGUCUCUCUUCACCAAGAUGUAUAAUUGGGUACCGGCGACAUACUGUUGGGGGGUAACGCUGCGAUGGAUUAGCAUCCCGUCCAGGGGGGGGGGGGAGUAGCAAUAUUCCUAGUAAUGCUUCAUGCUAAGGAAACUGGGAUAAGCUCCGUCCGUUUGGACCUUUGGUUCAUGAGCUCCCUUACCCCUUUUACCUUAUUAUUUUCCACUGUAUCUCAUGCUACUGACUUAAGCUUUGGUACUGCUACAUUCUCCAUCUAUUUCAUGAUAUUUUUUAAAAACUUUAUUUAUUUUUUAUUUUUAUUUUAUUUUUAUUUUAUUUUUAUUUUUCAUUUUUUAACAUCUACUGAAGAAGGCUGGAUUGGCCAGCGGAAAUAUCGUUUAAGAAAGUUUAUGAUAUACGUUGUUUCAGUUUUGCAGUCGUCUUUAGACUUCUCCUUUUUAUAAUGAUAUUUGGAAACUUUUUGGACUAAACACUCCCCAAAAAAUCCCGGUUAAAGCUGUUUAGAAAAUCGGCAUAGCAAAGUUAUUUCUUUAUCAUUUGUUAAAAUAUGAUUUCUUUUCCAUAAUUUCAGAAGAAGUUAGUGGAGCGAGAAAAAGCUCAGACUUACAUAUCACGCCCUUUUAACAGGUAA